GUUUGUAUCGCCAUUGGCCACCACAUCACAUAACGCACAUCUACUUCGUUGCCGCUGGUUUGCCCUCUCCUAGGCUCCUCCCUUCUUCUUCGAAUUCCUCACUCGAUCUCUCCGAUCUCACCGCCAAUUCGCCCUACAAAUUGGCGGCUUCCCAUCGCUCUCUCACUUCCUAAUCCCUACGCCAAUUCUUCUCGCCUCCUCUGCCCCUGCCGCGAUCGCCAAAUCCACUCUCUAAUGGCGUCUUUCUCCGUGCCUUGCCCCAAGACCUCCGCUCCAUUCACUGCCUCGCGCCCGAGCUCCAAGCGACCUGAGCACUGUUCCGUCUCGUUUCUGUCGAGUUCGCCGGCAUUGUUCGCUGGAGGGAGGUCGUCCCUCAGUUUUCAGCAGGGGUCGGGGCAUAAUCAGUCAGAUGGAUUUAAGGUGUUUUCCCAGCUUAAUGAGAUUGAUAGCGAGAAAUUAUCAAAUUCUGUGCCAGUUCCUAAGACUAAGGAGGAGGAAGCUGCAGAAAAAUAUGCUUCACAAAAUAAUAUUCCAGAUGCAUCGGCCAUUUCAGCAUUUAUGACCCAAGCAGCAGACCUUAUUGAGCUUGUAGAUUCAAGAGACAUCAUGGAGCUACAGCUGAAGCAACUGGGUUGUGAACUCAUUAUAAGAAAGAAGGAAGCUUUGCAACAGCAAGUGGCUCCUUCGGUUAUAAUGCAACCCCCUUAUCCUCAAGCUACUGUGCCAUCUCAACUGCCAGUACCAGUCAAUGUUCCUGCUCCUGCUGGGUCUGUUCCCUCCCCUCCAGCUUCACCACCAGCACCUCCAAGCCCAGUAAAGCCAAAAUCAUCACACCCUCCACUGAAGUGCCCAAUGGCUGGAACACUUUAUCGUUCUCCAGCACCAGGAGCUCCCCCUUUUGUGAAGGUUGGUGACAAGGUCCAGAAAGGUCAGGUAGUUUGCAUCAUUGAAGCAAUGAAACUGAUGAAUGAGAUUGAAGCUGAUCAAUCUGGAACUGUUGUCGAAGCAUUUGUAGAUGAUGGGAAACCCGUUAGCGUGGAUACGCCCCUCUUCAUUAUUGAGCCAUGAAGAAUUCAGCUACCCUUUUUCUUCUUUGUUUCUUUUGUUAUAGAUACUCAAAAUGUAUGAAACUAUACGAUGAAGGUUUGAGGUUUGUCUCAUGUUUUGUGUCACCCUGGUACCUGUACUCGCAAAUUUUGAAACAAUAGAAUUUAGUGUUUGUCUGCUUCAAGCUAUUGAUCUUACCA